CGGGCGCAGCGCCGGGGCGAUGCCGGCGGUGCGGCUGCGGCUCCGGGCAGCCUGCCUCCUCCUCCUCCUCCUCCUACUCCUGCUGCUGGGCAGCCGCGGCGCCGCCGCCCUCGGCCGGGACGAGGUGCCUUCCCUGCGGAAUAAAGGGAUAUUUAUUAUCCAGAGUGAAAAUUCCAGUUUGUGCAUUAAAGUGGACAGAGCUGGCCUUGUUCUGGAAGACUGCGGUCAGCUCUCAGAAAAGAUGUUAUGGAAAUGGGCAUCCAACCGUCGUCUUUUCAACAUAGGCAGCAGCACCUGUCUGGGGCUGAACAUCAGCAAACCAGAGCAGCCACUGACUAUGCUUGAAUGUGAUUCAACUCAGUACUCAUUGUGGUGGAACUGUGAUGGAAAUGCGUUAGUUGGUGUAUCAGAGUUCAAAUUAGCAGUUGAAAACAGUAAACAUAUUGUGGCCAAAAAAAAAUCUACUUCUCAAUGGAAACAGUAUAUGUCCUAUGAUGAAGACCUUUGUGAACACCCAUUUCAAGAAACAUACACCUUGCUUGGAAAUUCUUUUGGUUUUCCAUGUGUUUUUCCAUUUAAAUAUAACAACAAGUGGUAUCAUGAGUGUACCAGAGAUGGAAAGGAAUCUGAGUGGUGUGCCACAACAACUCACUAUGAACAAGAUGAAAAAUGGGGGUUUUGCCCAAAUGCUGAGAGUGGCUGUGACAUCUUUUGGAAGAAGAACCCCAAGACACACAUCUGCUACCAGUUCAACCUGGCGUCCGUGCUGAGCUGGCGCGAGGCUCGGGCUGCCUGCCAGCUGCAAGGAGGGGACCUGCUCAGUGUCACCAGCCCCGAUGAGCAGGACUACAUAAGUAACUUAAACAGUCAGUUAAAUUCCACAGACAUGAUGCUGUGGAUGGGCCUGAAUCGCCUGGAUGAAGAUGCUGGCUGGCAGUGGUCAGAUGGAGCACCACUCAUGUUUGUGAACUGGAGAGCAAAUGUCUCUGAUAACCGUUAUAAAGAAAAUCAUUGUGCAGUGAUUAAUCCAAGAUUGAAGUAUGGCUGGAACAGCUAUCUGUGUGAAUCUGGAUUGCCUUUUGUAUGCAAAAAAUAUUUAAAUAAGACAGAGCAUGAAACACUGGAUACAUGGCAGUAUCAUGCCACUCGCUGUGACGCUGGCUGGUACCCGCACAAUCGCAACUGCUACAGACUGCAUAAAGAGCAGAAGAGCUGGAAUGAUGCUUCUCUCUCAUGCCACAGUGAAAACAGCAGACUCAUCAGUGUAUCCUCCAUGGCAGAUGAAGAGCUGCUCCUUAACUUGCUUGAAAGUGAAAAUGUGACAGAGACAUGGAUUGGAUUAUACAGUAAUGACACCCCUGUUGUUUUUGAGUGGUCAGAUAACACCCCAGUAAAAUUCUCUAACUGGCACAGACAAGAUCCCAACACCUUUCAAAGAACAGGACAACUCUGUGUUUCUGCACAAGGACCUGAAGGACAUUGGAGGAUUAAAAAAUGUGAAGACAAAUCUUACUAUAUCUGCAAAAAAGCAGGGGAAUUUAAUAGUGUCUCUCCAGAACUGGAAACAAAUUGUCCAGAGGGAUGGGAAAGACAUGGUGGAUAUUGUUACAAAAUCGACAGUACCCCUCGAAGUUUUGAACAUGCUUCCAGUGGUUAUUUCUGCCCAUCUGCACUUGUGUCAGUAACAAACAGGUUUGAACAAGCUUUUAUCAACAGCAUGAUCCGCAGCAUGGCAGAAUCUGAGAGAACUUAUUUUUGGAUAGGAUUGCAAGACCUCAACAACACAGGAGAAUACUUUUGGCUCAGUACAGCAGGCAAGAAUCACUCUGUGAGCUACACAAACUGGAACAAGUACCAGCCACGUCGUUCUGGAGGAUGCGUGGCUAUGCGAGCGAAGCACCCUGUUGGUUACUGGGAGGUGAAAAGCUGUGAGAACUUCAAAGCAAUGUCAUUGUGCAAGCAAAAAGUCAAUUCUUAUGAAGAACCUGAGCUUACUUUUCAGAGAUAUUCGAGUUCCUGCUAUUUUGGAUGGGAGUCAGAACCUAAUCUGCUCAACUGCUACAAGAUAUUUCACAACGAAAAGGUUCUGAUGAGAAGAACGUGGGAUGAAGCAGAAGCGUUAUGUCAAGAUUUCGGAGCCCAUCUUGCUAGUUUUAGCCACAUCUAUGAAGAGACAUUUUUAAACAAUUUAUUAUAUACAAUUUUUGAUAGAACAGAAGACAGACAGUUCUGGAUUGGAUUUAAUAAAAGAAAUGCACUUUCUGGAGGGACGUGGCAGUGGUCUGACAGAACACCUGUUGUAUCUUCGUUUUUGGAGGACAAGUAUGUUGAAGAUGACUCAAGAAACUGUGGUGUGUUCAAAGUAAACAGAACAGUCUUUCCAGCACACUGCAAAGAAAAGCGUGAAUGGAUAUGCAAAAUACCAAAAGGUGUCAAACCAAUGAAUCCAGUUUGGUACACAGCUGAACUGCCCUGGUCAUAUUAUCAAGGAGCAGAAUAUCUUUUCCAUGUCAGCCCUGCAGAAUGGGAAACCUGUAAGUUUGUCUGUGGCUGGCUUCGUGGUGGAUUGGCAAUAAUAAAUUCUUCUGGUGAACAAACCUUUAUUCAAAGUAAAAUAAGGAAGCUGUCGACUGGUGAUGUUCACUGGUGGAUUGGAUUGCACGCAGAAAACCUCAGUGAUGAGUUUCGCUGGAGAGAUGAAUCACCAGUAACGUACCAGAACUGGGAUGAAGGGAGGGAAGGAGAUCUGCAGAGACCAGGGAAAAGAUGUGGCUUCAUUUCAUCACAAACAGGACUCUGGGGUGAUGAAAACUGUACUGUUUCUCUUCCCUGUAUUUGUAAACGUAAAAUUCCAAAGAAGAUAGAGAAAGAGGUUCCAAAAGACUCGAACCAACAAGGAGUGUGUCCCAAAGGCUGGUUGCACUUUGGAUUCAAAUGCUUUUUAAUACAAAUUCCAAAGGAUCCAGAUCAUCUGAGAAACUGGUACUCUGCACAGGAAUUUUGCAGUAACUAUGAUGGGUCACUUGCUAUCCUGGAAGAUGAACUGGAGCAAGCCUUCAUAACAAUGAAUCUGUAUGGGUGGAAAACAAGUGUUUGGAUUGGUUUCCAGAGUGACGAUUAUGAAAAAUGGUUGAACGAAAAUCCACAGAUGUAUUCCAACUGGUCACCAGUUGAACUAGUGGAUAGACAGCAUUUUAACAUUCAAGAUCAACUUCCACUGUGUACAUUGGUAUCAAAUAACCCUAAUUUUUAUUUUACGGGAAAAUGGUACUUAGAAAACUGUCAGAAAAAUUAUGGGUUUGUCUGCCAAAAGACUCAGGACACAUCCAGACAUCUUAUCAAUGCAUCCGAUAUGUAUCCUGUGCCAGAUACUCUAGAGUAUGGAAACAGAGUGUACAAACUAAUAAGUGGGAAUUUUACAUGGUCUUCUGCAUUACAAGCCUGCAUGGCAAACAGUGCAGAGCUGGUGAGCAUUACAGACCAGUACCACCAGGCCUUCCUCACCAUCAUCAUCAACCGCCUGGGCUACAGCCACUGGAUCGGCCUCUUCACUUCCGACAACGGGCUUAACUUUGAAUGGUCAGAUGGGACCAGGUCUUUGUUCACCUUCUGGGAAGAUGAUGAGUCCCAGGCCCUUGGCAGCUGUGUUUACAUUGAUACUGCAGGGCACUGGAAAAGCGCAGAUUGUGAACAACCUCUGCAAGGAGCAGUUUGCCAUGUGCCACCUGAAAAGAAACUCAAUGCCUACAAAGGCUUAUGUUCAGAAAAAACUGUACCCUGGAUCAAAUUCAAAAACAGUUGCUACAGCUUUUCCACAGUUCUUCAGGGCAUGAGUUUUGAUACAGCAUAUGAGGUCUGCAAAAAUCAAGGAUCAAAUCUUCUGACUAUUCAAGAUGAAGAUGAAAAUGCCUUCAUUUUGGAAGAAUUACACAGUUUUGGUUAUUCUGUACAAAUGGUUUGGUUGAACAUUCUGCUUGUUACAGACAAUGAGACAGUCUCCUGGUUUGAUGGUUCUCCUUUAAAUUAUUCUAACUGGGGCAUCAGAGAGCCUGAAUUUGAUAAUCUCAAAGGGAAUUUCUGCAUCAGCUUGAGGACCACAGAUGGAGCCUGGCAAUUAUCUCCAUGCAUAGAAAAAAAGGGUUUUGUAUGUAAAAUGGAUGCAGAUAUUGGUACAACAGAAUCCUCUGAAAAAGCAUCAUACAGUGGGCUUGUAGCUCUGGCUGUUCUUGUGACAUUGGUGAUGUUGGCUGCCAUUUCCCUUUUCCUGUGGUGCCUGCACAAAGAGAAUAACCAACUCUUCCGCAGGAUACUGUGGGUCAGAGAUGCCUAUUUGCCACAGAUCAAUGCUGAUAGUCCUGCUUUGGAAGAAAGCAUCCUCAUUUCUGACUUUGAGAGAAGUGAGAACAAUUAAUUGAUCAGAAGUAGCACGUGGUCUUUUCUUCUGUGUGAAACUUCACAACCUACAGUGGUUUUCUCACUCCGAGUCCCUCGGAGUGCCCAUAUCCUGAGGGGCCAUCAGUAUCAAUGCUGGAGGAGCCCUUAUCCUGGAGAGAUUUUGCUUUGUGGCAGGAUGAGGUGAGGAUGCAAGGUAGAGCCAUGGAGAAAUUUUCUUCUCUGGGACAAGCCAGGAAUUGAAAAUACUCACAGACCAUAAACCUCCAGCCACUCACUUGGAGCAGACGUGUUUGAGGUCCCAGAGCAGUGGACAUUUUCAUGCAACUUUUUCCUUUGGGAAUGUUUGGGCCUGUGUGUUUUGUUUUUAUACUUUGCAGAACCUGCUUAUGAGCUGGCAUUGAAAUUUGGCCUUGAAUUUAGGAACUCUGAAAUAUAUUCCAAGGAUUAUGGAGAAGACCAUUUUUUUUUCCUGGUGAAAUGAACAGUUAUUUUUCAGACCAUAGAUUCUUGCCACAUUGAUUUCCAAGCUUGCAGGGAGAUGAAGUCACUCUUGACAUGGGACUGCCAGAGUUUUGGUAGUUUGGCCUGUGAUGCCUAGUCCAUGUUAUGAAAUAAAUUAGUCUAGAGAUUUAAUGGCAUAUGGGCUUUGUCAUCCUGAAAGCAUUACAUUCAUUUUAGAUGCAUCCAGCGUCCUAUUAAAGAUUUACUUAUGUCAUCUCUCACCUAGAUUAUUUCAGACAUGGAAUCCCACCAGCCUUCAUUAAUAAUAUUUUUGGGCAAUAUCUGUUUGAAAAAAACCAAAAAACCCUGUUAUCCCUGUUAUAAAUCUUUCUCAAGGUAUGGAACAAAUGGCCUUGCUGUUCAGCUGCAGUGUUCCUGUGAGCAGUAUUCAUGGACGCUCUGCUGAGAGCCUGCUCUCCAAAGCUGAGGAUGACAUGUGGGGGAGCCACAUUGCUGUUCCCUAAGGAUGCUACUCCUCUCUCCCCAUGCAGCAGGCACUUUCCCUUUCAGUGUUCAUACCAAGGUGCUAAGGACGAAGGUGAAUUUUGCUGACCCCUUGCUCUGCUGAUGGUUGUGAAUUAGCCAGCUCAGGUCUCUAUGCUGUCUCAGUUGCAGCAGCCCAGGACAGAAAUGUUUACUUGCCCUGGGAUUCCCACCAAUCCAACCAAGUCCUCCACACACCUCUCUGAAAACACCUGGGAGCUUUUUAAUUUAUUUUUUUUUUACUGCAGUGUGGAAAAACAAGCACUUAGUGAUGGUUACUUCACAAUGGAUUUAGCGUCGUUUCCGCCAUCUCUAAAAGCGGCUGCAAAGGGCUGCAUUUGUAAUUCUAUUUCUCAGUUUCCUUGUUUUAAGGUGACUCAUUCUAAAAGUUUUGCAAGAGUCCUGAGAAGGAGGUAUGUUCUUCAGACUUAAGCAAGCAGCUAAGGCCAAAUGAAAUGUUUUUACACAAUAAUUGUGCACAUGCACAGGAAUGUAUGACCUCCUUUAACCUAGAUUUCACAUGGCCAAAAAUUGCCUGUUCAUGCCAUAAUUGUGUGUAGGGCUAUUUUUAAAAAUUAUUUCAUACAUAGAAUAUUUCUGUGCUGGUUUACAGAACUGGUUUACUCUUUUUGAUGACUUCUAAGGUUGUAGCUAUCACAAGUUCUUAAUCUGAAAUUUUUCUAUCAUAUAAAAUAUAAAUAGCUUUUCUGUGUACAUUCUGUCUAGCAGUUUGACCCCAUACAUUAGUCAUCAGUAAUAUUUUUUAAGUUUUGGUUUAAUCCUCUAGAUUUAUCUAUCAGACUGUUUUUAUUUGCAAUCCAUUGUUAGAGUUCGUGGACUGCAACUUUUGAGUGCAAUUGCCAGAUAAUCUGUUGUUUAUAUGUAUUAAUUGUCAUAGCUUUUUACCGCCAAAAGAAAAGAAAAGAAAGCUUAUGACCUCUUCUUUCCCAAUGACUAUUUCACCUAUUCAGACAAAAGCCAGAGGAACUUAAACCAAUAAACCCCUUUCAUCACAUUCACUGAGAAGUGUGUAAAUGCUGCCUGCUUACAGUACAGCAAGCAGAGUGGCUUGCAGGGUGGUUUUUGUUUGCAGGACUAAGCUGUGUCAUCUCUGAGGACAUUUUAUUGGGCUACAGUGCUGGUGAUAGUUAUACAGACUCUGGUCAGAUUUUGGUGUGGUUAAUGAAGUUGUAUUUUUUCACAAAACUUGACAUAGGUGUUUUAUCAAUUUUCCUUGAAGUAUGUUUUAUUCCUUAAAAUAUAUCUGAAGGGUAAUGCCAUAAUCAAUAAACCUAACCUCAAAAUAGUGAUUGUUGAUUAAUGCUGAUAUAGAUGAGCUUGUAUUAAAGAAAAAAAAGUUCAAGCAAUGUUUUCUUCCUACUUUGAAAUGGUUUUGAAGGAACAGACCCUUAGGUAUUUAUUUUUACAUCUUUCAUCAUUCUAAUUUUUUAAAACUGCAGAUAUUAUUCACUCAAGAAUGUAAUCAAUGAUUGUUUUCUAGUCUUCUUUCUGGGUUUUGUUAUCAAUGGCUUUCAAUUGUUUUCCCUUAAUCAGAGGUCUCCUAUAUAGUCCCUGAUCAGAGUAUGUGGUGACUGUGUUUUUGUUGCUGACC